CAAGACGUGCAUAUUAUGUGUGCGGCAUUCCUAAUUUAGAUUCCAUUUCUAUUCUUCACAUUCCAUUAUCGUAUCUACCUCUUCUUCCUUGGUCCGCGAAGUUUCUUGUUUCCUCCAACUACCUCUUCAUCCUCUUUCUCUUUCUUUUUCUCUUUCUCUCAAUUUCUCUUUUCGCUUUCUUCCAUGGGUCUUUGGGAUUCCUUCCUCAAUUGGCUACGCAGCUUGUUUUUCAAACAGGAGAUGGAACUUUCCCUGGUUGGCCUUCAGAAUGCGGGGAAGACUUCUCUUGUCAAUUCAAUUGCCACUGGGGGCUACAGUGAGGACAUGAUUCCAACUGUUGGGUUCAACAUGAGAAAAGUGACCAAGGGAAAUGUCACGAUAAAGCUUUGGGACCUUGGUGGACAGAGGAGGUUCCGAACCAUGUGGGAGCGAUACUGUCGCGGUGUCUCUGCCAUUGUGUAUGUUGUAGAUGUUGCUGAUAGAGAUAGUGUUCCUAUUUCUCGAAGCGAGUUACAUGAGCUGUUGACAAAACCUUCUUUGGGUGGGAUUCCCUUGCUUGUUCUCGGAAACAAAAUUGACAAGUCAGAAGCUCUUUCUAAGCAAGCAUUGGUUGAUCAGCUAGGACUCGAGUCAAUAAAAGAAAGGGAGGUAUGCUGCUACAUGAUUUCAUGCAAGGACUCUGUAAACAUAGAUGUGGUCAUUGACUGGCUCAUCAAACACUCAAGAACUGCAAAAUGAUCUUAGGUUUGACCUGUAUUUCACUUUUGGUCAAAGUGCAACAUGGUAGAAUACAUUUUCCUUAAUUUUUCUUAAUUAGUUGUGGCUCGAGUUUGUUUCUAGUUAUCAAACCAGGUCAAAUCUUCCAUGGAACAUCCUAUGCCGUCAAGCAAUUAGUUGGUCUUGUACAUUUGUUGUGGUUUUUAUUUUUAAUAAAAUGAAAUCCAGCAAUCUUAUUUUGUCUGGAAAAUUGAUUA